GUCUCCAGCAAAGCCCAUGCGCAUCGCCUCUUUAUUGAUCACCAACAGCGAAAAAGAAAAAUUGAGAGCAAUGCGUUAGCGCAAAAUGUGGAACAAACCGACAAAAUUAUUUUUACUUCUUGUAUUAUUUUCCCUGAUUUAUUCCGGAUCAGGACAGGAAAAAGUCGCCAAACAACACCCCGAACUACCCAAUCUGGCCAGAAGCUGGGCGCAAAAAUUAGGCGGCGAAUUGUGGCAUUUCGGGGAAUUGGUCACGAGAAGAACAAGAGUCAACGAGAGUUUCAAAAGACAUAGCGUCAUUAAGGAGGAAAGUGGCGAGACGAUCCUGAAAGCCAUCCAUGAGAAAAUCUACAACAUGACCAAAGAAAAAGUGGAGGCUGUUAAGAGAAUCAUGGAUAUUGCGGAAGAAGCGGCAAAAGCGCAACGCGAAGAAGAGAUAGACGUGAAUUAUCAAUUCGUCAAUGCGAAAAACCUGACAAAUUCGGCCCCAAAUUACACCCUAAACGACCAAGAACCACAAGAGGUGAGACAAGACUUCCAUUACGACGAUUCGUUCAUUACGAGUGAUCGGCGGUUCGAAGAGCGGUACCAAGCCAUGGUACAGCAGGACGAAUUAGAUGGGUACCAGCAGGACCAGGACCAACAGGACGAGGAAGAGGAGGAAACGGACAGCGAUAUUGAAGUCACCGAUGGGAGCGAGAAGGACCCCCAAGCCAGUCAAGUCCCACAAACCGACCGCAGCAAACUGCCCCUCUACCGGAAUCGAAAUUUCUACAAUAUUCCAGUUAACACGAAUUUUAGCGCUGUCCAUGUCCCGAGCAACGUCUACGAGAGAUCAAAAGAAGUGAUUUCGGGAAUCAUCUGGUCGGAGCUUUUGGACAAAACCUUCAAAAACAACUACAAACAAGACCCGACUUUAUCGUGGCAGUACUUUGGCAGUUCCACCGGUUUCAUGCGCCAAUUCCCUGCCAUGAUUUGGUCGCAAGAACCCAUCGACUUGUUCGACUGUCGUACCAGAUCAUGGUACAUCGAAGCUGCAUCUUCACCAAAAGAUGUAGUAAUCCUGGUCGAUAGAUCUGGUUCUAUGACGGGAAUGCGACGUGAAAUCGCCCGUCACGUCGUCCACAAUAUUCUGGAUACUUUGGGGAACAACGACUAUGUUAACAUUUUCACGUUUAGUAACACAACCGAUCCGCUGAUUGAGUGCUUUGACAAUAUCCUGGUCCAGGCAAACCUGGCCAAUGUUAGGGUUCUGAAGGAGGCAAUGGCCGAUUUCAAGACCGAGCAAAUUGCAAAUCUGUCCCUUGCCUUAGUUACGGCUUUCCAGCUUUUGGAGAACUACCGGAACGAAAGCAAGGGUGCUAACUGUAAUCAGGCCAUUAUGUUGGUCACGGAUGGGGUCCAGGACAACUAUAUGGAGAUUUUCCGGGAUUAUAACUGGGAUAAUCUCCCGUUUAUCAACGUGCGAGUGUUCACGUAUUUGAUAGGGAGGGAGGUGUCCGAUGUGAGGGACGUCAAGUGGAUGGCGUGCGCCAAUCGGGGAUAUUACGUCCAUUUGAGCACUUAUGCAGAAGUGAGGGAGGAGGUCUUGCAGUAUAUCCCUGUGAUGGCAAGACCCAUGGUUUUGAAUGCCAACCAAAAACCAAACCCGACCUGGAGUCCCGUUUAUGCCGACGUGACUGAUCCCAAGUUGACCAACUGGUUGUGGGUCAACAGGGAGAGGAAUAAGCAACGGGAGCGGCUUUUGGCGUACUUUGGGCGCAAAAAAACGCUACUUCCGUCCGAUGAGCAGGACAAGAAGUUCGUCCACCAGCAAAAACACAAACAAGACAACUUCGGGGAGUUGCAAACCUACCGCUUGAUGACUUCCGUUUCGCUGCCGGUGUACGACAGGAAGCCACGAGCGAAUAUCACCGAAAAAAUUCAAAUCAACGAAGCCAUUUGGAUAAGUAUAACACGCGAGGAACGUGUCGCAAAUCUGCUUGGAGUUGCCGGAACGGACAUUCCCAUCGAAUACAUCGAGUCCCUGAUGUUGCCCUAUCGGCUCGGUGUCAACGGUUACGCCUUUAUUGUUACCAACAAUGGUUACAUCCUCACCCACCCGGACCUACGCCCUGUGUACCAAGGGAUCCUCAAACCGGCCUAUAACCGAGUCGACAUGACCGAAGUCGAAGUCAUGAACGACGACAGCGACCCCCGGAGUUUCAGUGACCAAAUUCUGGAAUUCCGGCGUCGCGUGGUCAUGCAGGAGAAGGGCGACAUCACCUUACAGGUCAAGAGCCACAUUGACGAAAUGAGACGAUUAGUGACCACCACACGUCAUUAUUUCUACAUGGGGGUCAAUAACACCCCUUUUAGUCUAGUGAUAGCACUUCCGGCCAAAUACGGUUUUAAUAAAGUUGAGCAUCCGGUAGAGAAUGAUAUACACCGGAUGAGGUCCAAUGAUAAGAUUGAUAAGAGUGAAGGGUGGCUCACACAGUUUUUCACGGGGAAUUGGACACUGCAUCCAGAUUGGCAUUAUUGCCGCUAUUUGGACAAUCGAUACGAAUUUGAGACGCCGGAAGAGGAGUUUUUGCACUUUUUGAGGAAAAUUGAGGGGACUAAGUGGAAAUGGGUCGAGUGCGACCGCGGCCUGAUCGUGAAGGUCGUGGCCGACGCCAAGAUCACCUCCUGGUUCAGCGAAAACAUCACCAAUUCCAACAGCAGCAAGGAAGAGAACGGACCCAUAGCUAUGUUGAUGGCUUUAAUACCAAGGUACGGUACAAAUCGAAGCCUUUGUAUUAAAAUUCUAGGUGAAAUAUGCAGCCAGGACUUGUAUUUUUAUUACAGUCGGAACCCGAAAACUUGUCACAAUUUAAUUUUACAGUAUUUUUUCGUAUGUGUGUGCAGGGAUAAGUUCAUUCGUCGGUUUGGCAUCACUGUGGCAUUCCUGGCAACGCACAGUGGACUGACCCGAUGGCAGGACUUCCCCCAAAAUGUGGACGCAAUAGCCAGAGAGGAACCGAGUUUUAGACACUUCCAUAUGCUCCAUAAUAAGGCUAUUGACGAAAUUUGGUACCGGAGGGCCGUCGAGUACCACUAUGUGGACCCCACGGCUUACAUAUACUCCGUACCGUUCGAUAUCGGGGCGGAAAAUAACACUUUACUGACCGUAAGUCACGCAAUAUUUCGCGAAGAUGGCGGUAAGAAGGCACCAGCCGCUGUGAUCGGGUACCAGUCGUACCACUCGGCCUUGUACGCCCUGUUCCGCAACAUCACGACUAGUUGUGGCGAUAUUCCCUGCAAACGGACGUGCGAUUCCGACGAACUUGACUGUUUCUUGUUGGACGACAACGGUUACAUUAUCGUGAGCGACGAUUUGACUCAUACUGGUUUUUUCUUCGGGAAAGUUAGGCCCGAUAUUAUGAGUUUUCUGGUCGAUGAAGGGAUUUAUAAAGUGACACGGAUGUACGACUACCAAGGGCUCUGUCCCGAAGAGCACGAAAGCAACAACCCGGCUUCGACUUUCUCAACGCCUUUGGACCAAAUUUCUCGCCUUAUUCACUGGGCCACCGCCACUUUCUUCUACCUCCUUCACACAAUCAGCGCCGAACUGGAGACCAUCUCCUACCCUGAGGAAGACCACGAGAUGCACAGCUACGAUUCCGAACACGAUUUUGAAUCGGAAACGACCGAACAGCCGUCCCGUCUUACGGAAAAAGAAUUCGAUCAGCGCGUUUUGCUCAAAAAAACCAAACCCGAACCGUGCGAUUACGAAAUGUGGUUUUAUACUCUAGUACAUUAUCCUGAGAAAAGUAUUCCGAGUAGUGGCUAUAACAAGGCUAUGACAGACGAUUGCACGAGGCCCUUUAUAGUCCAGAGGGUUUUCAACAGUAACAUGAUCUUGUUGGUCGUUAAUAGCGUUUGUUGGGAGAAGGAAAAUACAAUGGCUAAAAUGCCAGAUCCGGUCCUGGUUGACUAUAAUAUGUCCUUGGCGUGCUAUAGGGCGCUUUUUAAUAACUUCACCAGGAGGCAUUACAUGAGUUGCAUCAACAGAAACGUCAACGAAAGCGAGAUCAAGCUUUGUGGCGACGCCUCUGUGGCGUCUUUUUCGCUUCUUCCCUUAAUUCUCCUCACCAUUGUGCAUCUCAUCAUCUAGAUCGGUUCUAGAUAUUAUGAAAUAUCUGUGAUAAACUCGACAUUUAUAUAUUGUUCGCAACCAUAUCGAGUUUUGCCAUUAUUUGUUCUUUGUCAUUAUAUAUUCUAUAUGUAAUGCUCAAUAAAUACUUUUUAAUAGGA